AAAUCCUGGAAACUUUCAUCCUCCAGUAUGUCAAUCGUGCAAAAAUAUCCUGGAUAAUCGCUUUUGUUUACAACACCAUUAGUAGGAAAAGUUUUAUUUCGCUAGCAAAAUUGAAAACCACCUAGAGAAAGUCGCCAUUUCGUCGAUUGGCAGUGAAGAAAGGAAACACACUCAUUGUUACUACUAUCACAAAAUGAACACGUUGCCGAACCACGCUGAUUUUAUGGAGCUAGGUACAAUCCAUCAGCACCAGUCAACCUGCAAGCAGCACUGCUUCGUAUUUACCGAGAUUGCUGACAUAGAUUUACCCCCGGAGAUCGCCAAGUACCCGGAGAAGAUCAAGAAUGGUAGUAUUCAUUCGUACAAAAAGGAAGCGGGUAUGUCUCCACCACCGCCGAAAAUAUCCAACAGCAGACGAUCGCGUAAGAUAAUCGCCAUUGUUUCUGCACUGUUGGUGUGUAUUGCGCUCGCUGCUGGAAUACCGCUUGGACUUCAACUAAGAUCUUCGUCUCUUUUGGAAGCUCGCUUAGCGUUUAUUCGUCGACUGCUGACUGAAUCUCCUCUAGUUGAAGGAUACUGGGCACCUCAGCUGGGUACGAAUUUCAGUAAGAGCUACGCCGAGGUGAAGAACGGUAUGGUUGGUGCACUUUUAUGGCCUAUAUCGGUUCCUUGUGCGGCACAAUACUUGGACGCCGUUCAGUUGACUUUAGAGGGCAUAGACGACGCACGGAGGAUGGUUAAAAAGAACCCGGAGAUGAUGAUAGUGGAAAGUGCGGAUCAGAUGGAACAAGCUCACAAUGAUGGAAAAUUAGCAAUUCUGUUUGGUUUGGAGGGAGGUCAUACACUUGGUUCUAGUCUGGCCGUCCUACGUUCGAUGUACACUCUGGGGGCUCGGUUUGUGUCGUUGACUGGAAUCGGGUGCACGACUCCGUGGGCAAGUGCUUCCAUUAGAACAGAUUUUUUCGAUGAGAAUCUUCCCUCGACUUUGACUAAUUUUGGAGAGGUCAUGAUUCAGGAAAUGAAUCGCCUUGGAAUGCUUGUAGAAAUAUCGCGUCUUUCGGAACCAGCCAUGAUGGUAGCCUUGAAUGUUGCAAAAGCUCCUCUACUGCUGUCGAAUGCACUUCCAUCAUCAAUGGCUUGCAACGGAUCAACUGCGGCAGUUCCUGACCAUAUUUUAAGUGCUCUUUCCCAAAAUGGAGGGGUUUUAAUGUUAAAUGUUGAGAGAUGUGGAGAAAAGCCAAUGUCCCUGAAGGAUGCAAUCACCGCCAUCAACUACAUUCGCGCCAUUUCCGGGGUGGACCACGUGGGGCUCAGUGGUUCGCCGAAAAAUUAUCCUCUGUUGCUGGCUGAACUAGCAAGGGAUCGGCUUUGGGGUUCGGCGGCGAUCAAGAAGCUGGUUGGUGGAAAUAUUGUUCGAGUACUUAGAGAGGUGGAAGUAAGCAAAAAUCGACUACCUCUUUCCGAGGACUGGAUCCCGUUGGAAGCUAUCGAAGGGAAUGCAUAUUGUCGUUAUCCGGAAACGUAAUCUGGAUGUUUGUUUUUGCGCCAUUUGGUGACAAUUUUGAAAGUAUAACAGACAUUCUUCCAAUAGGAGAGUAUUACAUUAGCACAAACUUGAAUGAUUAGAAAUCAAUGAAAUAUAUUUGAUAUUACCCACUGCAUACUGUUGGUUCAAAUAUUUCGAAUCAAGCAAGUAAGAUUUGAAAUGCUAAAUUUGAUCGUAGCGUCGAAGGAAGUCGAAACCCACAUCAUUGUAAUUGGAUACAUGUAUCUAUGUAUAUAUCAGCAUCGUUUUGCGGUAUGAGAGACGGUUUUUGAUAUGAAGGGCACUAAUGAAAAUAAUAUAAUAAAAUUGUCAUGUAGAGUUAGUUUCAAGUUUAUUCCUAGAUCAAAUGUUAAGAUAAAUAUAUAAAAUAUGCAUCGGUUGAGCCAGAAUAGAAAGAAAAAUCAACAUCAUAUCAUCCAAAAUAUAAAACAGCAUAAUGCAAAAUGCAUAGAACAUAUUUCACUGAUGUGGAGUAAAAAUGAUUGGUUGAUAUAUCCCAGGAAUAAAUUGAAGGACGUUAAAUAA